AUGGCUGACAUAGAUGAUAGCACAAGACCUUCCGACAUGAGCGACCGACGACCAAAGCGAGCUGCCACGAGUGCUCCACAAGAUGAACCUCCCAGUAAACGCCCUGACGUCGAUGAGGAGGACGAUAGUCCAAGUGAAGAGGCCCUUGAACAUGCCAAGCACUUGUUUGAUAGGCGCCGUCCAGUGACUAAGUCGACUGCAGCUGAAAUUGUCAGAAGGAUCACCCAGCCUACUCCUGAAGGUUGGUCUGACGACGAUGAAGCUGUUAUCUCUGGUUACUGGGACGCGUCGCCUGCCAAAACCCAUUCUGCAAAGAUUAAUCAGGGUCAGCAUGCCGCAUUGCUGACCUUGUUUAAGACGAGCAUUCGGGUUGUUGGCCUGGCUCCCAUUACUAUGAUAUCGCCUAUCCACAGCUUGCGGUACCAACCAGUGUCGAGGGACAAUUCGGGUAUUGAGUCAAUCUACUCCGAUACUUUCUGUAUCCUUCUCCCGGCACUGAUUGUUCACCCUGGCUUUGGUAGGAAUAAGCAUCAUAUCAUUUGGGCAAUGCAAUAUGCUGUCGCCUGCCGUCUUGAUGACCGUCGUGCAUGGCCGCAUGAGCAAUACAGCGGAUAUUGCCCAGCUCUAGAGCUCGUCAGUCAAAGAAUUGGCAAUUCCUUGGCUCCUGAGCCCAUUCACGCGAUGCACAAGUCUGCAAGAGAAGAGGUUGUCGCCCAAGGGCGUGACCCGACUCAAUGGUCAGACUUUCUAUACCAUGUUGGCGAAACCGUUGCAAGCCACGGAUCUCCUCGUCCACCGGUUGUAGAAGAGUUUCGCGAGAAUCUGGGAUUUGAUGUGCUUCCUGUCACUCUCUGGGAUCUCCAGGCUUUGGAAAAAGCGGUUGAUACCAUGGAGUGGCCAGAGGAGGACAUGCGAUAUCCUGUUUCCGAAGCAUGGAAAGCGUGGAAGAUUGUGAAGCAGGGUCGAGAUGCGCCUGCAAUAAGACAGCUCCCAGAGUUGUUUGAAUUAUUACACAAAGACAUCUACCGACAGACUUACAGUCCCAGUUCACCUGUGCCUUCGUCCGACCAAGAUGAGAGUGUAGAUGUCAAUCCACAGCCGCCAUCCCCUGAGGAUGAAAAUCCUACAGAUGAGAUCGGCACAGGUAACGAUCAUGCCGAAAAUGUAUUCGACUCGUCAGAGCACUCCUGUUUGGAAGAAGGAGCUGGGUCCGGAGAGGACAUGAUGGCUACCGACGAUGUCGCACCGGAAGCGGGCUUUCCAGCGGCUCUGCCACCAGCGCUGCAGUCAAGCCUCGAGACUCAAAUGAAUAAGAGACUGAAUGACUUCAUGAAGCAGCAGCGUGAGAUUACGGCGGAACAGGAGAGAAAGAUCACUGACUUACAGAGUAAGGUUGAUGAUCUGGGAGUGCAACUUGCCGAUAAGCAAAGGCAGAUCGAUUUACUGAGUACUGCACGCAGAGAAACCGACAGCAAAGUUGGCAAACUUUUGGACGAUCAAUUCUCCGCCCAUGUCAAUUUUCACUUCAAGAGCCGUCGGGACAGUCUGCUCCAACAAAGGGUCGCUGUACUAGAACAUCGCCUCGGAAUUCCGCAAUCCCACGAGCUUUCGAAUCGCCAAAACAUGGGGUUGGUGGUUUCCACCGUGCCUGAACAGCCCACUGCUAUCCCCAGCACAACACAACAUACCUCUCUGGAGCAGCAUCCAGAGUUUGCGAUAUCUGCUACAACAGUGAAAGAUGCUGAAGGGGCAAAUAAUGAACUUGUUCCCAGGGGUGCCUGGUGGCAAUCUGCCGAUUAG